AUGGCCUCAUCAAUUAUGUGUCCACCACCGAGUGAUGGUAUCUGUUCAAAUGCAACAUGGAACCGAAAAGGUCUCACAAGAGCCGGUGGCCAUGGACAGGGUUCAGCAUUGAAUCAACUCGGCGGUGUUAUACAAGGUUUGUUUGUGGAUGAUGAUUUGACUGUUUAUGUUUCCGAUUCAUACAAUAAUCGAGUAGUCAAAUGGAUGAUCGGAGAUUUGAGCGGUAGAAUAGUAGCAGGUGGUAACGAAAAUGGCGAUGCUAACAAUCAACUAGCUUAUGUGGAAAGUAUUGUUAUUGCAAAAAAUGGCACUAUGUUCAUUUGUGAUCGUUGGAAUCAAAGAGUACAGCGACUGUUGAAAGAUGAAAGUCAAGGAGAAACGAUCAUUUCAGACAUAUUAUGCGGAGGAAUGGCAUUGGAUAAUGAAGGAUCAUUGUAUAUUGUUACUGAUAGAGAGGAACGUGUGCUUAAAUGGCCUGGAAAUCAAACUGUAGCUGGUGGUAAUGGACAAGGAUCUGCUUUGAACCAACUUUCAAAUCCUUUAGAUCUUUUUGUUGAUUCAGAUCACUCAGUAUAUGUUGUCGAUUUUAGCAAUAAUCGCAUUGUUAAAUGGCCAGUCGAUGCCAAAGAAGGUAUUAUUGUAGCUGGAGGCAAUCAAGCAGGAAACAGUACCAGUCAACUGGAUCAGCCCAGUUCAGUUGUCGUCGACAAAAUGGGUACAAUCUAUGUUCUUGAAAUAGGCAAUAGUCGAAUUGUGCGUUGGUUCAAAAAUGCAAAAGUAGGAAUUAUCAUCGUCGGCGGUAAUGGUCCAGGUGAUGCAUCGGAUCAAUUGUCAUGGCCGAAGAGUUUGACAAUUGAUCGGCACGGUAAUUUGUAUGUGGCCGACUCUGAUAAUCAUCGUGUUCAAAUGUUUACCAUCGAUAAAAGUUCUUGCUCGACAGGUAUGCUAAGGUAUUUCAACUUAAUAUCUAUUUCGAUCUAAUUUCUUUAGUGUCAACUCAAAAGGACAUUCAUCACACAGAAAAGACAUUAUUAGAUUGAAGCUUGUGAGAAAAAACUAUUGUGUUCAAUCUACUAUCAUUCAUAUUUAUUCAAAAAGAAAUACAUAACUUUUAUUAUCAUAAUCAACGAUUGGGAAUUAUUUCUCAAACAUUUCAUAUCUAUGCGGCUAUCCAAAACAGCAAAAAUCUCUGAUGAUCAUUGGCAAAUCGUCUGCCUGUAGUUCAGAGCACGAAUCAAAACGAAACUCGUAUUCACAGUUGGCUGAUAAUCGCGUUACUGAUUUAUGACUGUACGAGUUCUGUUGAUUUCUAUUGCAGCACACUUCUAGUGUGACCGCUUACUCUGCUGAUAUGUGUCAUGUAUUUGAUUGCCAAACUUUCCUCAUGCUCAUUAUGCGUUCGCUUCCUUCUCGGCAUCAACUAUAUCUGCCGACUGUCAACUGUUGUCUGUCAUAUGUAAGUCCUGGACUG